CGUAGUGGGGCGAGGGUGGCAGUCGUGCCGGGUAUGCGGGCGGGGGUAAGGGGGGUGCAACGAACCCUCUCGCCUCGGCUCGAGUCUACGGAGCACGGAGUUGUGUUCGAAUCAUGGCGACACCCGACCCCGUAGACCCAGCCACCCUAGAGAUUAAGACCCGUAGCAUAGAACAGACACUACUCCCACUAGUGAAGCAGAUUUCCACGUUAGUCUCGCACAGAGAACGGCCGCUAUGUUCGGACCGGAGUCUGCGAGCAGUCGCCAGGGUCGGCCAGGCGGUAAAUUUGGCGGUCGAGAGAUUCGUGACCGUCGGCGAAACUAUCGCGGACGACAACCCGGAGAUCAAACAGGAAAUGUACGAGGCGUGCAAAGAGGCGAGAGUCGCUGGAUCGGCGAUCGAGAAAUUAUGCGAAUGCGCCAUGGAAGAUAGCCUGGCUGACCGAGGCUCUGUCGUAAGAGCUGCCAGAUGUCUUCUAGGCUCGGUGACAAAAGUUCUCUUACUGGCAGACAUCGUCGUGGUCAAGCAAUUACUUCUUGCCAAGGAUAAGGUCGCCCGCAGUCUUGGGCGUCUUGAAAGCGUCUCCAAUUUCACCGAAUUCGUCAAGGCGUUCAGCCAAUUUGGAGCGGAAAUGGUCGAAUUAGCGCAUUUAACGGGCGAUCGUCAGAACGAUCUGAAAGACGAGAGGCGACGUGCGCAAAUGGCGGCGGCUCGACAAGUACUGGAAAGGAGCACCAUGAUGCUGCUCACAUCUAGCAAAACAUGCUUGAGGCAUCCCGAAUGUCCAUCCGCGAAGGAAAACCGAGAUACAGUCUUCUGCCAGAUGAGAAGAGCUAUGGAUCUGAUACAUUACGUCGUCAAGGAUGGUGUAUUGGAUUGCAGCGAGUCACAGUCCUACUCGAAUUCGCAGAGUCCUCAGCAAGAAGACUGGGACAGUAGUACUGUUUGUUCGGCAUUGAAACACUUCGAAAGGCUCGUUGAAACAACGAGGAUGACCCUGCUGGGACCAGGGUGCCGCGAGACACUUACGUCGGCACUUGACACAGUAGUUGAGAGAACGCAGGACUUCACAGACAGCGCCUACACGAGCCACGAGCACCGAGAAAACAUCCUUCUGCUUUGCGAUCGCGCGAAGCUCGAGCUCAAUACGCUGUUGCGGAUCGGCAAUAGCAUGAAUUACGAAGGCGGCGGGGGUUCACCCAGUUCGGAAAUGGAACAAGCGGUAAUGGGUGUGCUACGGGCGACCAGAGACCUUCGCCAGCAACUUAGCACGACGACAAUGGAACAAGCCGGCGAUCUUGGACAAGUGACAAAAGCCGGCCAGGAGCUCGUGUCAACGAUCAGAAAUCUCGCGUUGGCCAAUGACAUCGACCGUCUAGAAGAGAGCAGCGACAGGUUCCGCGAGUAUAUCGAUCACAUUCUCGAAGUGUGCAAACUUCUUAGACACGUUGCACUUUCGGAAUCGUUGCAAGUGUCGGCGAAGUUCACGGAGAUUAACUUGAGAAUAUACGGCCCUCAAGUGGUAACAGCCGCGUAUACAUUAGCUAGGCAUCCCACUAGUAAGAUAGCCAAAGAAAAUCUCGAAGUAUUCGCCGACAUGUGGCAGUGGCUCAUGACCGACGUGACGACAGUGGCGAAAGAUGUUCUAGAGCUUAGCCAAAACCGGCCGGAGAAACAAGUCUACAUGUCUUUACCGCGGCCAGGGAAACACGGUACGACGAGCAAGCCGCUAAAGCCAGUGCGAUUAGACAGCGAAGAGCAGGCAAAAAUCGCUAAGGCGGGCCUCGAAAUGAAGCUGAUUACCUCGGAGAUGGACGCCGAGACAGAGAAGUGGCAAGAAAGUGGAAGCGCCCUGGAGGAGAACAACGACAUUGUGAAGCGAGCGAAGAACAUGUCCUCGAUGGCAUUCUCCAUGUACCAAUUCACGAGAGGCGAGGGCGCCUUAAAAACCACCCAGGACUUGUUCACUCAAGCUGAGUAUUUCGCCGAGGAGGCGAACAGAUUGUACAAGGUUGUGAGACAAUUCAGUUACCAGGUACCAGGUGGGCCGCACAAGAAAGAACUACUGGAGAAUCUGGAUCGAGUGCCAACCUACGUCCAGCAGCUCCAAUUUACCGUGAAGAACCCCACUGUCGGAAAGGCCGCCACUUUCACGAAGGUCGAUAACGUAAUACAGGAGACGAAAAAUCUUAUGAAUGUGAUCUCGAAGGUGGUCACAACGUGCUUCGUCUGCGCCACAAAGUACAACCUGGAUUUCCGAGGUCUGUCGGCGCGUGGGGCCGGCGGCUCGCCGUACAGGGGCGGAGAUGGUGCGGGAGCUGACGGCGACGGUGGCGGAGUUGGCGCCGACGGCAGCAAGACGGGCUCCGCCCCCGGCAGCGAUCCGUCCGUCUGACAGUUUGGGAUGGCCCGACGGGCCAAGGGGGACGCUCGCCGCACUCGGGUUUCCUUUCUGCUUUUCUAGGGAGAACCUCGCCUGCCCCAACUACAACGCACAUACACGUCGACCGCGCGGGACUGCUGUCCGGGGAGUCCCGCGACGGCCGUCGGGGAUGCGGUGCUUGGAGGUGCCUCACCUGGCCGGAAUAUGCUCGCUGCCAUCGAUGGUAUAUUGGCGUUGCAUAACGGUAUUCGGAAGCUGUGGGUGAAAGGGAGUCGAAAGCGUUCCUCUGGAAGCCCUUUGAUGAUGAUAAUGAUUCAUGAUUGAUGAUUGAUCGCGGUACGUGGAAACUCGACUUUUGAUCGCUUUAUCGCUGACGUUCGAUGAAGCUUCAGCUCGACGCUCUCGCGAGUGAUCGUGCGGAAUGAGCGAUCGUGAGAGGGUCGAUCGUGUGAUAGGCACGUUGGUGGAAAUGUCGGAGACGAUGCUCCGGUCAGGAUAGUAUUCUCGUCACGGCGACAUUUCGGCCAAAGCAUAAUUAAUUAGUCCCGAGUAGUCGUUGGCAUUCGGCUAAACGGUUCAUGAGGCGAAGAUGCGAGAAAUGUCAUAACGGAUCGGUAUGUUUCGACAAUCGUUCAACGACGCUGUUGACAUAUAGAAAUGAGCUUGGCUUUAACGUCGGCGUGUACGUUCCGUACAAAUCACUUCGAGCCCGUAUUGAUAGUCAUUACUUGUAACUUGGACUCACGUAAGAUAUUCGGAUCUGAAUGUAAAUGUCAGAGUUUCUUAUUUGGAGCAUAAUAUACGUGACAUGACAUUACAUUACAUUCAUCAUCGCGACUCAGCUGAAGAACUCAUACUUAACUUUAACUUAAAAUCUAAAUAUCUCACUUGAAACUUGUGACUCAUAUGAGAUACUCAGAUCUAAAUGCGGGGUGAAAUUUGAAAGUUUUUCACUUCAAUCAUAUAUAUAACAUAGAUAUAUCCAUAACUUCAAUUGAAAACUUCACAUUUAAUUCACAGAUCCGUAUUAAUAGUUACUUGAAACUUGUUUUAAGAUAUGAUACUCAGAUUUGUGCUUGGGAUGAAGGAAAUUUUUCAGUUAAGUCGCUAUUAGAAAUACAAUGUCAGAUAUAUUAUGCGUCCGAAUGAGAAAUUCAAGUCUAACUCUAUAUUCAAAUCUGAAUAUUUUACAUGAGACAAGUUUAAAGUAACGACUAUUAUUACAGACUUCAAUCCAAAUCAAGAAUAUCUCACUUGAGACAAAUUUCAAAGAGCAACCAUCGAUACAGGUCUUGGUUGUGUGCACUUUAGCUUUUUUCUGACGAUGAAAAUAAAAAUCAAGCAAGAUCGGACGCCGCUAGUAGCGGACAGGUCCCGGAGCGUGCGUAUGUAUCAUCUGCGAAAGCAGAUAAGCUUGGGAGCGCUUGCACGGUCGAGUUCCGACGCGCGUGGUGAUUGAGGCGUAGAAGAGCGGGAAAUUAAACCGAGCCGACGUCGAACGGAGCCGAGUGCGAAAGUGGUGAGCAAAACUCGAGUCUCUCCUCUUUUCGUGUGUUGCCGCUCACGAAAUUCUAUUUCCCUUUUAAUCGCGCGCGUUUCGAUCGUUGGCAAUAUACCGAUCGACGAUUCGCCGAAUAUACAUGGGACGAGCAGUCGAUUGGUGGAAUUCAAAUAUUUGCAUCUGCAAUAAAGCGGCUAAAUUACACUUCUCUCUCUCUCUCUCUCUGUUCUUCCGAACGUUUAUCCAAAAUGUUUCUCAAAAUGAGGUUAUUACGCGCUGCAGUAUUUCAUUAUUACUAUAUUUUUUUUUUACAACGUUUUAUUACUACAUUUCAUUAUUACUCUGUUGCUGCUACUGUUGCUGUUGUUACCGUGCUAAUAGCAGUUUCCCUCUCAUCGCACUCGGUAGUCUCAGUGGUAAAUCCAAGAGCAUUCCGUAAUUUACGUCGACUUGGUAAAUUAAACUUAAAUUUGGAUUAAACUUGGACUUACGCGGCUGCGAACAGCCGCGUCAGCUUGUUUACCAAACAAUCUGCAGUACGCUUCGCCACGACGUCAAGCUAAAGUCGCACACGUCUUAACUUGCGGCGUGUGCAUGUGUGUGUGUGUGUGUGUGUGUGUGUGUGUGUGUGUGUGUGUGCGUGUGUGUGUAAGGACAUUUUCGCAAAAUACCCGGAAUUCGUCACGUUAUCGUUACGUCUGGCAUAUAUGUGCCCGGCUGCGUUUAAAUCGUUCUUCCAAUAUCAAGAAGUUGGUGCAACGACAAUAAUUAACAAUGUCGAUCGCAGUGCCUUUUAGGUGUGAGAAAACGUUGAAACUUCGCCGAGGCUUCCUCAGCUUUCGUGUUACGCCAACUUCAGUCAACUAGAUUCCGCGGGCGAUUAUGCGUCAUCAUUGCAUGCACGCUAUUAGAGAGAUCGGGAUCGCGCUCUCAUGCGUAUGUAUCAUGCACGUACAUCCACACGGCUUCAGCUCACGUUCGUUAAAAGGCGAAACGUACCUGGCGAAUACGUACCCCGCGCUGCGUGAUAGCUCCCACGCGAUUCGGAAAUCGAGCCGAUGAAAAGACGUCCCUCGGACGUCGCCCAAUCUUGAAGUGACCGCGCACGCGCCAACGAACGAAGCUUUCCGCUCUCUUACGUUGCCCGUCGCAUUCGAUUCGCCGGCUGAUCGGGGAGAGAUGGUUGAACGAUGGCAGUCGAGGACGUUUAUACGAUUCCGCACUGUGUAAAAGACACUCUUGCUACGUUCAAUUACACAGCCUACCAUCCUUCAAAUUCCUCAGCAUCGUAUUGCGGCAGAAUCUCAAUAAUCAUGGGGUUAUCGGUUGAAACUAUGCCGAGCAAGUAUGGAUCUGAACAUGAUUUCAGCACGUAAAGGAAAGAUAAAGAGAGCAUUAAACUAGCUGAAUGCAUGCACGGAGAUUCUGUCGCAUCUGAAAUAUCUAUGUUGAGGGAAAAAAGAUCUAAAAAAUAUAAAUAUUUAUUCGGUGGAUACUUAUAACAUAUUUAUUUAUAAAUAUUGUUUUAUUUAUGAAUGAAAUAAAAUCGUUGCUUUUAUAGAGAACCAUGAUUUAAAAAGGAACGUUCAUUUCCUCGUUUGAAAAAAUUCAAUUCUGAAUAUAAAGUUAUGUAUAUCAGUGUAUAAGUAAAUAUGCGAUUAGAGCAUCAUACCGAAUAAAUAUCUAAUAUCUUUUAGAUAUUUUUCUCCCUCAGUACAUUUGAUUUCGAAGCGCUGAUCUUUCAGUUAAGAAUCGUUUUUCACAAAAAAGAAAACGUAAAAAGAAGCAUCGCUUUUACACGACAGGCUAUAGCGUUUACAAAACGACCGUGUACAGCUCAAUCGAGCCUCCGCAGAAGUAGAAAAGAUAUACUCAUGGGGUAGGAGAUGGUCCGUGGAAGGUAACCUGGGGGCGGCAGCAGGGCGGUCAGGGACGUACUUUGUGGCAAGGACAUAUAUUUAGUUACCACCCGAGAUCGCACGCUGCGAAUAAGCCUAAUUAUCGCCCGGUUAGACAGAGUGUUCGAUUUGGCAAUGAACGGCAUGAACGAGUUCUCGCUCGCGAGAGAGCGAAUCGCGAGCCAAGCCGAUCAAAUCGGGCAUUCCUGACGACGACUGAUUCGAUUGUGUCGAAACUCCGAGUCGCGAUGCCACAAAGAAAAUCGAAGCGCCGCGAACGAUGAACGCGCGAUCGUCGUUGAUAGUCGUGCGAAACGGAGAAUAAAUAGAUACAGAAAAUACAACGGUUGUUGCCUUUGUGUGAGGUGUAUCUAUGUUUUUAGAAAUAAAGCAGUGUCGGCCCAGUGUCAACAACCGGUUCCCGAUUCUUGGCCCAGUAUUGGCGUAACCUUCAAAUGAUAAGAUUGGCAACAUUACGUUACAAGUAAGAGUUCGCUAAUCGUGCUUGAGCCUAUGUCGCGCUGCAAUCAAAUAGUAGCUUUUCGCGGGCGGCGCCUGCAGUGAAGAAUCGGCUAACUUGUCUGCGCCGACAUCGUGUCGUGAUCGAAUAAUAAUAGUUUGUUUACCGUGAUACUCGCCAACGUCGAGCUGAGAGUCGGGCAUCGGGCGAGAAUCGACAAAUCACACCUGGAUACUUUCAGUAUCCAUAAUUGAUGUAGAAGAAUAUUCUAAUAAGAAUGAGCGCUCACUCAAUCGUCGUAUUUUCGGUAUACAGCCACAGCCAUCGUCUUUUAAGCCAAAGAUUCGCUGUCGAAACGUCGAUCGAUCUAUUCGGUGUGUCGAAUAACCGUCGUCGUCAUGUUGACACGCAAGCGAACAGCUGAGACAAAUGCUCAAGCGCCAACAAUGGCACAAGGGUCUCGAGUUGUACUCUUAGAAUUUCUUGGAGAGAGAUUUCACACAGAACGAGCGAAACUCGAUUCAAUAACGAUAGUGAAGAUAUUUCCACUUGGAAUCGUAAUAAUAAGCGUUUCACUCGAGCUCACGGUGGGGAUUCUGGCUCCACCCAAGCGAAUGUUACAUCCGAUUGGAGUCUAUUUGUUCCUGCGACGGUGGGGUCACGUCAGAUUCGCCCUUCGGUUUCGAGUAAAAAUAUUCACUCGACGAUUAAGAGUGGAGAAUCAGAUAGAUAUGAAUGGGAAGUCACUGGGAUUCGAGCGACUCGGCUGUCACUCCACUUUUUUCAAGUAAAACUUCACUCCGAGAAAUUUAAAAAGUACCUUUCGUAUUCGCGCGGCUCGCCCGUGAACCGUAACGCACAUGUGCCGGACUGAUUUCCAGCAAUACGUGAAAUCCAGUUACGUCGAAUGAAAAAAAAAUGAAAAGGAAAGAAGAAACAAAAUUGCUGUCCGAUGGCAGCCAGUGGUGGCACCGACGAGCCACGUCCCAUCUGACUAACGCCGACACUAACAUAUGUAUAUCAUAUCUGUGUAGCCAAGCGAAGCUCUAUGAAGUUCAUAUCGCUUCGAAAAGCGAAGUGAGCCGAGUCGGCCGAGCGAUACUUAAGGUGCGCGAAAAAGCGAACCUCUUUCACACGAUUUAGUACAGCUAGCGAUAGCGAUCGUACUUUGAUAGCGGUAGAGUCUCUCCGCGCAGAAGGACGAUCAUUAAAUGUCCAAGGUACAUAAUAAUGAAUUUCACAGAGCUUCGCUUGGCUACACGGAUAUGUUAUGCAUAUGUUAAUGUCGGCGUUAGUCAGACGGAACGUCCCUCGCCAGUGCACCAACUGCAUUGAACUACAAUCAUAUUCAAUCAUAUACGAUCAUUAAAACGCGCAUGAAUAUACUCCCAUCAUGGUGGUAGCCGAUCAGACAGAGAUAGUAGAAUUAGUACCGUGCUGUCUUUUUUUAGCGUAAACCACUAUGUCUGAAAACAUUCAUCCCAACGUGGGCAUGUUUGCAAUGUAAUGUAGAACAACCCGGUAUAGAUUAAUUUUGGUAGUUUCCGUGCUGAAAACAUCAUUCUACUAUCCUCCAGAAUAUAGAGAACGAUAAAAACAGAAUGAUAUUUUCAGCAUAAAAGCUGUCAAAAUGAACGUAAUCUAGGGAAACCUUCAUUGGAGAGAUAAUUUCUGCAUGUGGAAAAUGGUUGCGAAAAUAAAUGCUGUUGUCAGGAUCGAUAGUAUAUCGAAAUACGUAAUCGCUACGCAUAGGCCGCUAUUCAUAGUCAGAUCUUAUAUUUAAGGCCGUUUUACGUUCAUCUUCAGUUGUUUUGCAGUCAAUAAAAUCAACGAUACAACAUCUGAAGAUCUAAAUUUAAGACUGUCUUAAAUAUAAAAUUUGUCUAUGAAUACCGACCUUAGUAGACAAGGAUUGCACGUUGCUCAUUUUAUUAUCUCUCUUAACAUUAUACGUUAUCCGUUUCACUACCUCUGAUCGCUCGAAGACAAAGGCGCGUUCAUUUCAGUAUGGUUAUAGUUCAAUGGACGGCAACCGUUGUGUCUCCUUCGUGCGCGCGCCCUGUCGAGUAUUACGGAACCGGCAAUAUCUUCUACACACUCGCGAAGGAUCGUUCCAAUUGUGACGGAUUUUCCGCGACUGCAAACAUUCAUGGCCGACCAAGUGUUACGUAGACACCUGUCAUGAUUUCUUCUUUUUAUGCAAGACCCAGAGUCGAAUACGCGUGAGAAAUACGAGGAGAUUUGUUGCACAAGCGAGCCCCGCGAUCGCUGAAACGUUCAAGCGCGCAUUUCGCGCGACGAAACGCGCGACAGGACUUGCGACACACUCCGCGUCUCGAUCGAGGAUGUGAGGAAGAUGAUUUAGCCCGCAGGAAAAAAACGGACGAGGCAAGGGCGUGUCUGGUCACAUGUCGAUCGCGUGAAAGAACUGAUCGUACCACUAUAGCGCGAAAAUACACAUGUAAGCGCGAUAUCUAGUAUUAUUAAUGUUAAAAGAAUGUAGUUAAUUGACGGCGACCUUUACGUUUGUGUACAUAGAGCGUGAAUUAAGCCGCGUAUGUGUGUGUGUGUGUGUGCGUGUGUGUGUGUGUGAGAAAAAAGCGUUGACUUUCUUCACGCAUUUCGCAUAUUUACCAAUGAGUAUGCAAGAGACAUCUGUUCUCCGUGUGUGUGUGUGUGUGUGUGUGUGUGUGUGUGUGUGUGUGUGUGUGUGUUUUUCUGUGUAUUAUACAGAGUUGGCACAAAAUGAAACAAAGACGCUCAUCACGACGCGGGGAGGUGAAUAUCCGGUCGGCUUAUCUAUUUAAUACGUCAAAUGUCACGCUGAUUUCGAAUGCGAGCAUCGUCAAGUUCCGAUUUUUUAUCUCGCGAUUGUACACGGAAUCAGAUCAUCGCUUGACAUAUUAAUAAUCGCAUGAGUUGCGUCGAAGUUACGUCACAUAUACCUUAACAUUACCAUUGGAGUUAUUGGUAUCAAUUGUCGAUCUUAUAUUUGACAUAUAAAAUUAAACAUCAUAAGAGACCCUAGUAAAUUGUACUUGCAUGAAUUUGCGCUUUGGGGAAUCUACCUCAGGGCACUGAAUGAAUUAUACUUUAAUAAUGAUAAUAAAUAAAUGUUAAGGCAGUAGAAGUUAUUUUGCAUAACACUUGGUGUAUACUUGAUUAAGCUAUCCAGAUAAAACAAAAAAUCACGAUGAUGCCAACACGAUAAGAAAAAAUGAAAUAAGUCACUAAUGAUUCGAUCACUUUUUCGUCAAUUUGACGUUAUUUUAACGUUAUCGUGGAUUUUUUGCUUUAUUUCGGUGAAACAUGGUAAAAUCAUUUGUAAUUGAACGAGCGGAACCCAAAUAUAACGGUGACGUAGCACUCGAAGUGUUGAUAUUGGAACGCCCGUAUCUUCUUUUCGUAUUUCUCAUGCAAAAAUGCGUGCUGAAACUUCAACAAGAAAGAGACAAAAUUCAGACACCGAUUAAUGUACGGUGCAAUAACGGAGUUCAUAAAAAUAUCGUCAAUACGCGAAUAAUUCAAAAUUUCGAGAAACAUCGAUACUGACAGGGCGUUCCAGUGGCAAUUAAUUCACCUCAACGCUGUCGUUCAACGUCGUCAACGACGUCGACGUACAUUUUGUUCGAAGCGAUCUCGCAAAGGCCGUGGCACGUCGCACGGACCAAUCGAGAUAUCGUCACGAGUUCCUAGAAGUAGAGAAAUAUUAACGUAUGUCGUCGGCGUCGCGAUGCCGAGAUGUCGUUAAAGAGCGAGAGAAAGACAGAAAGAGAGAGAGAGAGAGAGAGAGAAUUACAGGUCCGCGAGCCGAAAUUUCUCGCGAGCUUCGCGACUCAAGUAAAGGGCUGUGCAUGUUGAGAAGGAGGUUGUAAACGUGACAUAUACCACUGCAGCCGCGGACACAACACCAGUCCAUUCAUACAAAUACACUCACGCAGCAGACUUUUGUACAGACUCUGUAUCAUACGUUAUCGCGAAUCAAUAUCUAGGCUACACAUAUUAAGGUAUGUUUGUUAAGAAGAAAAAAAAGAAACGUUAAGCUUAAGUUUUUUGUAUAAAACGGCACAAAUAUUUUCUAUGGGGAAACGGGGGCGAAUUUGAUCAUAAGUGUUGUGUUUCUAUUAUUAAUUGUCCGCUCCGCGCGCCUCCGAACAGUAGGUCGUGUACUGGUUGAUCGCGCUUAUACAGAAAAGCAGGAGGGCUCGCGGAAAUAUAUCGUUGAAUACCUAUUAACAAUUCCUAUGCAAUAAUAUAAUACGGUAGUAUUUACGAAUAUAAAUGCGAGAGGGGGAAGAGAAGGGAAAAGGUAAAAAGAGGGAGGAGGAGAAAUGCUACGGGUGAAAAUGAGCGUUACACAUCGUGGUGAACGCAUUCGCGAACGAUAAAACAUUAUUGUAUUCUUAUAGUGUAUUUCUAGUUUUCUCUCGGGGUUUGGUCACGCGUUUUUCCACACCAAGAUACCAUUGUUUCCGUUGUUCCUCCCGCAAAAUAAUUCUUUCGUCGCGAUAUAUAUAUAUAUAUAUCACUCAUAAAGAGACGCCUUCGCGAUCCUCGCGGUAGAGAUUCAUUUUGCGAAGUCUCCGCUCACACGAUAU